AUGGCUCUUUCAGACUUCCCGUCGCCCGAGGAACUCCAAACCCAGAUCAAAAAACUUGCCGAUGCCGCAAACAGUUACAAUGCUGCUCCUGGGCCUGUCGGCCUCGGAAGCAGGAUGAGGAUGAUCUCUCAGGCACAGGAACUUAUCCGCAGCUUGACUGAUCCUUCAGACAUGGGAGGGGUGCAUAUUGCCCAGGCCAUGGAAUUGGUAGCCAUUCGAACACUUCUGCAUUUGAAAGCGUUUCAUAGCAUGCCUCCUGCUGGUUCUAUUUCAUUAACUGCAUUGUCCCAAGUGACAGGGGCCGAAGAAGCAUUACUAGAACGACUUUUGCGCAUGGCGGUGUGUGUUGGCUUCAUUAGGCAGCUGGAAAACAUGGAAUAUGCUCAUACGAAAUUCUCGCUUGCGUAUGCGACAACGCCCGGUCCUGGAACGUUCUUCCAAUUGGUAUAUGACGAAGGAUUCCUCGCCAUCGACAACCUCCAUGGCUUCCUUCAGGAAAAAGGUUUCAAAGAACCCGUUGAUCAACGUUAUUCACCCUAUACCUGGAGAUGGGGCGAGGAAGGAAAGACAGUUUGGGAAGUAAUGGCUCAGUAUCCUGAACGAUUCCAAGCUUUCCAAACAGGUCUGGCGCAUGCUGAUGCCACCGUACCCUUGACGGGGUUCUAUGACUUUAGCAAGCUGAAUACAGAUGGCGACAGACCCAUCCUGGUUGAUAUUGGUGGCGGGAAUGGUCAUUCGAUUAUGCGCAUCAUGGAGGCGCAUCCAAAACUCCCACCUCAUAAAUUCGUUUUACAGGAACUGAAAGAACCUGCGGAAGAGGCCAGGAAGAUCUUACCGAAAGAAGUUGCUGUAAUGGAGCAUGACUUCUUCACGCCACAAACCCUGAUUGGGGCCAAAGCAUACUUCCUUCGGCGCGUCAUGCAUGACUAUUCCGAUGUUGGAUGCAUCGACAUUCUCAAAAACAUCGUCCCAGCCAUGGCAUACGAUUCGGUUGUUCUCCUGGCCGAUUUCUGCUUUGCGGCUCGAACUACUCCCGCCGAUUUACCAAUUGCGGCCAUGGACAUUGGAAUCUUCAACAUGGGGGGUAAAGAACGGUCAGAAGAAGGGUUUAAGAAGAUCCUCGAAGCAGCGGGACUCGAGUUUGUGAAACUGUACCGAUCGGAAGUGGGGUUUGGGGCCAUUGUCGAAGCAAAGCGACCGCUACCGAAUUGA